AUGGGUUCCUGCACCCCGUUGCUGCUCUUGAAACAGGUCGAGGUCAGCUGCCAGUCCAGCUGUCUUGCUCAGCCGUUGGCCACGGAGAUGAUGAACGGUGCGCUCGUGGCAGUCGUCGACGUCGCACCCACCAUUCAAAGUGACCAGGGGACAGAGAGACGACAGAGGUCAUCACGUCACCCCCAGUCGUUGUAUACACACUCGGGCCCCAUCCGAGACAUGAAUAUGGAUCUUUCAGAUGAGCCCAUGGAGCCAGCACAAAUACUGUCCCAGCCAGCCCUCUCAUACCAAGGUAGGCGGAGCGUCCUGGCUGCCAGGUCCCAGCCCAACAAGGACGCCGAUCUGUACAGGCCUUCCAAGCCUGCCAAGAUGUAUCGAGGCUCACGUUGA